AUGAAAAUGACCACGUUGUGCAAUAUAGCUAUAUUCGCAGUCUUAUUUAGCAAAGUGGUGCAUAUUUUUUUCGUCAAAUUUGCAAGUACAAGGGAAAGAGGGAAAAUUUUGACUUCCAUAUUAUGGACAAUUUUUAAAACUAGUGAAGAUGAAUUUAAAAGAAAAAUCCUUACCGAACAAGAAGAGGAUAGUAAUGAUGAUUUUUUAAUGGAUUUUAUAAGAGAUAACCAUGUGGAUGUUUCGGACGUUUUUUUGUCAUUAAUCGAUACAAAAAUGCUCGAGGAUAUAGAUGUGAAUCAAAAGGAAGCAACUGAAUCUAUAUCUAUGAAAGAAGACACGGAAGAAGAAAAAAGGAAAAAAAAAAGGAGUUAUAGAGAAUGCUGCAAAUCUUUAGGUAAACCAUGCAGUGUCCACUAUAUAGCGAGCAAACAUGCGUUGAUAAAAGGAAAUACAGAAGAUUCUACUGUAGAAGAGGGUCAAAAAGGAGAAGAAGAAGAAACACCCAAAAAGAUAAGAAAAGGGGGAACCCAAAGUACAAUAGCGUCCAAAUAUUAUAAAAGCAAACUUCGUAGUUAUAGAGGGAAAAGUCCAAGUGAGUCAGAAGAAAAUAACGAGAACACAGAAGAACCAGUUUUUAUUCCAAAAGUACCGAAUCGUAAUUACGGAAAUAUAUUUAUAACUAAAUUUGAGAAGUCAAUGGCAAAGAAGGAACAUGUCAAAUUUUUGGAAGUACAUCCAUAUGACAACACUUCUAUUAAUCCAGAAAGUAGUAAACUUGAAAAUCCUGGGAUUAGUAACACACCUUCAAAUAAUGAAAAAUUGGGUAAUAACAAACCAUCAAUAGAGCCUAAUGUUCAAUGUGAAAAAAACCAACUUAUCUUGCACGAUGGUAAUAUUUUAAGUGAGGAAAAUUCUGAAGGAAAUAUAGACGGUACGGAUUUUGAAGGAAACUAUAAUGAGGAGGAUUCUCAAGAAUAUACAGAUGAAGAAGAUUCAGAUACCUCAGAAUAUUCAUCAGAAUCAUCUCAUGAAUUAUGGAGGGAAAGCGAAAAUGAAGAAAACACAGAUUCAGACAAAGAAAUGUAUUUCGACAUAUUGGAACCAGAAGAAUUGGAUAAUUUAAAAUAG